AUGAGGCCCUGCGGGCCCCGCGUCUCGCGCUCCCGCCGCCGCGGCCCCCCGCGCUCCGCCCGCAUCCGAGGCGCUGGUCGCCUGGGGGGCGCCAACGCGGCUCCACCUUUGCGGUUCUGGCUGCCCAGAGAGAAGCCGCCCUCCUCAGUCUCGCGCCGUCCGUGUCCUUCUCCUGGGUCCCUUUGUCGCAGGGAAAAGGACGGCUUCAGGGAGCUGCAGCCACCGCGUAGGUUCUCUGCGAAGCGGCCCAGAGACAGAAACCAAAAUGGCGCCCGGGCUCGCGGCCGCGCGCUUCCCCCGGCGGCGCGUCCCCGCCUAGGGGGGCGGGCGCGUGUCCGCCGCGGCGAGUUCCAGGAGGAUGAGCCAGGGGACCCGGAGGGGCCACACCCACGCGGGAGCGCGCUCCGUCCCGCGCGGCUGGGGGCCUCGGUCUCCUGGUUCCCCGGGGAGUAUCGUCAGCCUUCCUCCCCGAAACGUGACUGCGACUUUUAG